AUGGCGAGGGUUUACGUGGAAGAGAGAAAUGACCAGGACAUCAGACUUGUCAUUGAAGGCCAACUAGAAGAUAUUAAGCCCGUUGAAAGGCGGCGACAGAUUGAGAAAGAGAUCUUGUUGAAGGCCCAUGGAGGCUUUCAAUGGGCUAUACUCAUCACAAAAAUGGUACUGGAGGAAGACAUGGCCGGCGCCAGAACCGAGGAUUUGCUGAAUAUUAUAUCAACAACCCCACCAGAUCUUGAUGACCUGUACGACUUGAUAUUGAAGGGAGCGACCAAGGGCAAGUACAAGCAGAUGGCCAAGCUGUUUCAGUGGGUCCUCUAUGCCAAACGACCCUUAUCAGCUCAAGAGCUUCGAGAGGCACUCGCAACUGAUAAAGACAUGCCUUAUGCAACAGUCUCGGAGCUCAGAUCUCAUUGUAACUGGUCGGAUUCCGUAUCUCAGUUCGAGUUGCGUGUCCGGCAUAUCUCCAGGGGUCUCGUUGAGUUCCAGAAUCGUGACGUCUAUGAGCAAUAUGAGCUCGGAGGCGAAGAAUGGAGCCGGGAAGCUCAAUUCAUACACCAAUCUGCUGCAGACUUUGUUGCUCAGAGGUUUCUCACCAAUAUCGACGAAAGGUCAUCUAUGUCCCCACCUGCAGCCGGCCACUAUGAGAUAUCGAGGUCUUUUCUCAGAUAUUUGACCUUGGAUGAGAUCCUCAACGCGAACGACCUAUCUCGAGAGAAACUCUCAGCGACUUUCCCACUAAUGCCAUAUGGAGUGACAUUUCUCCUCGACCAUGUUAAGGGGGUUGAGGAGGGAGCUAUUUGCCAGGCUGACCUGGUGACACUCAUUCAAUGGAACCAGUACGAACGCCUUGGGAUGCUGGCAAGAAUAUGGAGGAUAAUGGACCCUGAGGGCACUCAUGCGCCUAGAGGGUGGCCUUUCCACGGUGCCUCCGUACUUCACCUUGCCGUAGCCUUUGCUUCACCUAGCUUGCUGGAUGAGUUGCUACAGCGGGACAGUUCGCCCUUGGAUGCCACUGAUGUUGAAGAGAACACACCCCUUCAACUUGCUAUACGAGAAGACUACCAAGACUUGGCCCUCUUGAUACUGGAACGCUCGAGGGCGUGGCAGACUGAGAUUGACUCUGUUUCUUCAGAAGACUGUCCAAGUGGUACUGUAGUACCACGAAAAUACCUCGGUCAUGUGAAUACUUUUAAUCUUGAUGGCGAAACUCCUCUGAGCUUAGCCGUGUCCAUCAAAGCAGAUAGUCUAAUUCGAGCCUUGAUCGACGCAGGUGCUGAUGUUAGACUUGAGAAGUCGCUCGUGUUUUAUGCCAUAAGUCAAAGAGACAAAGAGCUCGUAUCUCAACUCAUCAAAGGGGGUUCCAAACUUGAAGGCGCUGUAUUCUUUGCAACACAAUGCUUACUUCGGACGAAGGAUGGUGACCAGGAAUUACUGGAACUCUUUAAGGAUCUGCUUGGAGCUGGUGCGAACACAAGACGGUUCACAAAUUGCGAAAUUGAUGAUUACUUCGACUUCGAUGAGUUAGAGGGAGAGGAUGCUGAGGACGAAGAGGCGAUUUUUGUUGCUUCGCGUGCGGGCAAAACGACGUUGGUAACCCUUUUGGUGUCACACAGUUCUUCAGCAACGAUGAGAGACCAAUCCAAUAAAGUUCCAAUACUGGUAGCUAUUGAGAACGAGCAGUUCGACAUCGCGAUCUCCUUAUUUCGGAAUUCACCGCGGACAGUUUUCUUGGCGGAUAACGAAGGCUUAACAGCUCUUGAUAGUAUUAUAUUCCGUGCUCUAGUUGACCUGGCCUAUUCAUUUGUGGAAGAGAGCAAAGGGACCCUGGCAUUGCAGCGGUUUCUCUACCGAGCUAUCGACAUGAAGCAACUUCCAUUUGUGGAUGAUUUGUUGGAGUUCGACCCCGACAACAUAGAAAUGGUCAAUCAAUCUUGGGGAGAGCGGGAUACACCAUUUUUGGAGGCAGUCAAGAGAAUGGAUGAUAAUAUGGUUGAAUUGUUUCUUAGAAGAGAGGAGACCGACCCUCGCGUCAGAGCUAAAGAUGGAAAAACCCCUUUCUUUCUCGCUAUUCAGCUUGGGUCCCUGACUAUUGCCAAGCUACUCCUUAAUACAGGGAACCCUGCCUCCAAACCUGAGAGUUUUGAAGGAGUAGGAAGCUUUGCGAGAUCUAUCAUAGAUGCGUUCCGAGAUAUGGUUAAAGUUCUUUAUGGAUCUGAUCCAGGUGGCCUUGAGUGGCAUCCUGGUAGGUUUCAAAAAUGCCUUUGGUGGACGAUCAAGAGUGGAAACCUGAGAAUGCUGAGGUUUUUACUUUGUGAAACGAUGGUUGAUAUCAAUCAGGCGGGAUAUGAAAGACAACCACCACUAUUUUGGGCUAUUAGGAGCGGCAACGAAGGCGUUAUUAAGGUUCUUCUGGAUAGUGGUAAAGUCAGUUUUCACGGGGAAAUGAUGUGGAAAUCACCUUUUGGUUGGGCGAUGGAUAUGAGAAGAAAUGGCAUUAUCGAGAUGCUACUGGGGUCAGAUUCUUUCGACCUUCACAUGGAAGGCGAUGUGGUCAGACGGAGGUUGUUGUCGUGGGCUAUUGAAAACGAAAAGGGUCACAUAAUUCAGCUCAUGGUCGACUCUGCUGGGCUUGAAAUUCUCCCUGAAGACGACGACAUUGACGAUAGUCGAUCUACUGUCGAAUCACAUGCAUAG